CAGGGCUGGUUCUGCGCAAGCUCACGGGAAGCGCUCGCUAACUCGGCUUCCGGAGAGGGUUUUCUCUGGCAGUCGGUGGCGUGGGGACCCGCAAACUCUGGAGCCCGGCCGUAGCCGCGCGCGGGGUCUGUGCGCCCUUAGCGCGCAGUGGACUUGGAGGAGGCCUGUGAGCGUCCGCUUCUCCCUCCUGCUAUUUCCUGCUGACUUUCUGUAAUCUUGGGUUCUGGGAACGUGAGUUACUGGGACUGUGAAGUUUUGGUUACCGUGGCAACCGCCACGACGGUUGAUUUCACAUUCAGGUGUUACUUCAAGCUUUUGCGCCGAACGGCUGAAUUUGAUUUUUGAAAGCUUAAUCUGGAUGGAAGGCAGAGCAACAGAAUUUGAGGCAGCUCUUGGGAGAUGGCCCAGCAGGUCGUAGCGAUUACCGUUAAGCCAGUUGCCUGAGGAUUAACAUGUACUGAUGCUAACUGAUACUCUCGAUUUGGAAUAAAUAUGAGCGAAUUCCGUGACGAAUUGACAAGGCUUGCGGCGGCAGAGCAUGACAAGAGAGAAGCUUCUGUGUUAUCUAAUCCUGGAAUGCAUUUCCCAUGGCUUCAGGAGCGCUUAGAAACUGUCGUGACCGGAGGGAAGAAGAAGAGGGAUUUUACUCAGACAACAAGUGCUUGUUUACGCUUCAUCCAAGAAGCCCUGCUGAAGCACCAGUGGCAGCAAGCUGCAGACUAUAUGCACAGCUACUUACAGACCCUGGAAGACUCGAACACCUUCAAGAGACAGGCCGCCCCCGAGAUCAUUUGGAAGCUUGGAAGUGAAAUUCUAUUUUAUCAUCCUAAAAGCAAUGUGGAGACUUUUAAUAACUUUGCUGACCGGAUGAAAAAUAUUGGCGUCUUGAACUAUUUAAAGAUCUCCCUACAACACGCGUUGUAUCUUUUACAUCAUGGAAUGCUGGAGGAUGCAAACAGAAACCUCACUGAUGCAGAAGCAUGGCGGUACGGUGAAAAGUCGUCCUCUCAGGAAGUGCUGAUCAACCUUGUUCAGGCCUACAAAGGGCUUUUACAGUACUACACGUGGUCCAGGAAGAAGAUGGAGCUGUCAGAGCUGGAUGAGAAUGAUUAUGCUUACACUGCAAAAACUCAACACAUGCUCAGCCAGAGUAGCAAGACGUCUGCAAGUAUUUCUGCGCUGCUCAAAACUCCCGGGGUUUGGGACCCUUUUGUGAAGAGUUACGUGGAGAUGCUAGAAUUCUAUGGUGACCAAGAUGGAGCCCGAGAAAUACUCACCAAUUAUGCGUAUGAUGAAAAGUUCCCCUCAAACCCCAAUGCCCACAUCUACUUAUAUGAAUUUCUGAAGAGAGAGAAGGCACCAAGAGCGAAACUGAUAAGUGUUCUUAAGAUUUUACAUGGGAUUGUGCCAUCCCAUCCACUGAUGUUAGAAUUCCAUACAAUGCUUAGGAAAUCAGAGACAGAAGAACACCGGAAGCUGGGCUUGGGCGUAUUAUUUGAAUUCCUUGAUUUUGCUGGAUGCACCAAGAACAUAACUGCCUGGAAAUACUUGGCAACGUAUCUGAAGCAGACAUUAAUGAACACUGAGAACUCCCACACCACUUCAUUCUUGGACCAGGUUCCAACAGUGUUUCGGCAAUCCUCCGACAAUCCUGAAGACAGAAGAAGGCUGAAACUAGGUGGAUUUUACAGAGAAGUCUUAAGACUUUUAUUUAUUUACUUAUUUAUUUUCUUAAAAAGCUCUGGUAGCAGAGAAGUCAAAGGUGAAGGCACCAGCAGAUUUGUUCUGGUGAAGCUGGGGUGUAGUCGGCGUAAUAACCAGGCUAGCUUAAUAUGAAACAGCAAAUUUUAAUAAAAAAAAUAGCUUACAACACCAGGGAUCCAGCGAUGAGCAGGAGAUACAAAAAAAGAGAGCAGCGGGGCUCACGCUCCCCAGAUUUAUAUGUAAACAUUAGCCCGAGGUGACACGCCCUCUAAGGGGCUGAACUAUCCCUACAUCUCCCCCUUUUGUCUAAAUAAGACAGAACUAAACCAAAUACAACUAUAUACAAUAAUAACAAAUAAUAAUAUAACAAACAAUAUUGAGAACAAAAGUUUUGCUAAACAUUCUAUCUCAAGGAGUCUAAAUAAGGUAGAGAGUAACUACAAUUAUAUAAUCUUCAACUCCAUCAAAGAUCUGAGAAGGGAAUUAAUAUUACUUAACAAAUGAGAGAUAUCCAAAAUGUGUAACAAUUGACAGAGACAACAGACUACCUGGGCAAUCACCCUAAGUCUCGUUUGCAAUGUUGAGUCAACCAACUUUGGCUAAGGCCUAACAUAACUGACAUACCAUUAUUAAAGGCAAGGACCUUUCUUAGAACUAUCCUACCCUGUCUUGGCAGGAUAAGACAAUCCUGUUUUAUCUACUUACGGAUAUUCUGUAUCUUUGUCAGUAGUUGAGGUAUGGGCUUUUCUUAACCCAAAGGCCAGUUCUGCCAAGAAGACAAGCUCCCAGUGGAGUGUCUUUGGUGCUCAACGUUCUCUUGGGGAGUAGAGUGGUGUUGUCAGGAGUAAUUGUGUCUCGUUGGCACAGAAUUCUAGGUUAGAUUAAAGGCCAUUUCUACAGCUCUUCGAAGAGGCUGAAGAUUAUACUAUCUAUAUUAAGUAUAAUCUCUAUGUAUCUAAAAGACCUAAUUAAUUCUCAAUACCUAUCUAACUUGAAGACUAAGUGAUUAAACAACUGUGCAAUAUAUGAAGACAAUGAUCUUCAACUGUAAACAAUAUCAUUACAUAUCAAAUGUAAACAAUGUUCUAUAAAUAGUAUCAGAGGUAGAAAAUGUACAUUGUAAUAUGGUAGAUGUAUCAAUACAAUAUAGACAAAGUUAUAAGCAUAUUCUUAUACAAAAAUAGAGGUAGGAACAGCAUGACUGGGCUCAAGUGAGCGUAGCCUGGCUAGCUCAGUCGGUAGAGCAUGAGACUCUUAAUCUCAGGGUCAUCGGUUCGAGCCCCACGUUGGGCGCCAAAAUGUAGUCGGCGUAAUAACCAGGCUAGCUUAAUAUGAAACAGGAAAUUUUAAUAAAAAAUAUAGCUUACAACACCAGGGAUCCAGCGAUGAGCAGGAGAUACAAGAAAAGAGAAUGGCGGGCUCACGCUCACCAGAUUUAUAUGUAAACAUUAGCCCGAGGCGAACACACCCUCUAAGGGGCUGGACUAUCCCUACACCGGGGCCCUCUUGCUGUUGCCUCAUGUGGCAAAAGACCUGAGUCAGCUGCUGUCUGGACUCUUAAGCACUGGUCCAGUUUGUUGGCACACUCACCAUCGGUCGCUUCACAUAUCCGAAGUAUUGUUUAAUCCCUACUAGGCCAUAGGGUUUCUGAAGGCCAAGAGACAUAUUCUUCACAUGUUGGAUCCAGCAGCUCCACCACAGGGGCCGCCACGGGUGUUAAUACACGUUUACUCGAGUUGCUGGUGGACACUUAGUUUGCUUGGUUCAUCAUCAAGGUCAUGUUUGUAUGUUUUUGUAGUGAUAGCAUCUGAAUUGGCAUAGUAAUUUUGGUAACAUCUAAUUUUAUCUAAGAUUGUACCGUUCCUUUUAGGUGAUUAUGAUAGUAACUGUUGACGUGUGAUGCGCUCUGUGCAAGGUGCUUUAUGGGGAUCUGUGUGCUCUUGGACUAGAAAAUAGCCAUUUCCACCAUCAAAGGGAUUGAGGCUCAGAGAGGUGGGCAGCCUGCUCAGGAUCAUACAGUUGGAGAUGGGGAGCUGAGAUUUCAGUCCAGGAUUUUAUCUCAGUGUCCUGCUCGACCACUCUGCUGUAAGGCGUCGGCUGUGAAGUGGAAAUGGGAUGUGCAGACCAAAAAGAAUGAACAUGGGCCUACCUCCCUGCCUCUGUCCUGACCAUGCUCAGACCAAAAAGAAUGAAAGAACAUGGGCCUGCCUUCCUGCUUCUGUCCUGACCAUGUGCAGACCAAAAAGAAUGAACAUGGGCCUGCCUUCCUGCUUCUGUCCUGACCAUGUGCAGACCAAAAAGAAUGAAAGAACAUGGGCCUGCCUCCCUGCUUCUGUCCUGACCAUGUGCAGACCAAAAAGAAUGAACAUGGGCCUGCCUUCCUGCUUCUGUCCUGACCAUGCUCAGACCAAAAAGAAUGAAUGAUGGAGGAAGGUCAUUGGCUAAUAAAGAAACUGCCUAGGCCCAUUUGAUAGGCCAACCCUUAGGUGGGUGGAGUAAACAGAACAGAAUGCUGGGAGAAAGAAGCCGAGUGAGGAGUUGCCAUGAUUCUCCCACUCCAGACAGACGCAGGUUAAGAUCUUCCCUGGUAAGCCACCUUGUGGGCUACACAGAUUAUUAAAAAUGGGUUAGAUCAAUAUGUAAGAGCUAGCCAAUAAGAGGCUGGAACUAAUGGGCCAGGCAGUGUUUAAAAGAAUACAGUUUUCGUGUAAUUAUUUCGGGUAUAAAGCUAGCUGGGUGGCAGGAAGCAGCCUGCUGCUCCUAUUACAACAAAUGAACAUGGUCCUGCCUUUCUGCUUCUGUCUUGACCAUGCUCAGAAGUCAGCCCGUUCUCCCGUGUUGUUGUAAGAGAUGCGCACAGUCAGCUCCGAUGACAGCGUUCCCCUUCACUGUUUUCUUUUCUCA